AUGAACAACGAGUUUGAGAGAGAGGUUGGUUUUAUCAAUAGUGAACCAUCGCUUGCCGAGUGCCUGACAUCCUUUCCUCCUGUUGGCGAGACAUUUCAAAGUUCAUCAAUCAAGAACUCGACGCUUUCACAUUCGACACUGAUUCCUCCUCCUUUUGAGCAGAGCUUCAGAAGCUUGGACCAUGGUAACACAAACCAAAAUGAGAAAACGCACACUUCAAAAAGCAUUGGUCGGGCCACGUUAGGGGACAAACCUCUGGAAUAUCCGUGGAUGAGAGAAAAGAAAAGCCACAAGAAAAAACCUGUCCAAGCAACGGGAUCAUUCUCAUCUUGUUCUUCUAAUGAAGAAAACGAAGAGGUUAAUGAGCCGGACAGUGGGAGCCCUUUUGACAGCUCCAGGAGACUACGAACCACUUACACCAACACUCAGUUGUUGGAGCUGGAAAAGGAGUUUCAUUAUAAUCGCUACCUUUGCAGACCACGGAGGGUAGAAAUCGCAGCUCUUCUCGAUCUAACAGAAAGGCAAGUCAAAGUCUGGUUUCAGAACAGACGCAUGAAACACAAGAGACAAACUCGAUUCAAACAAAGCCAAAACACCGAUUCAAAGCGCCAUUUUGCUAACAGUGUUAAUCAGAAUGGGUUUUCCACAAGAGGCUUUGCUGAGACACCUGUAAAUAAAACUUUGAAUUCGUUAGAGAGCGACAAAAAUGCUGAGCAAGAUAUUAGCGAUUCUGCUCAUCAAGAUACAUUAAGUGAUAUCAGCAGUGACCUGCUCACUGUUAUUGGCACUUCUCUGAUCUGCACCGAGGAAACCCAUUGUCAUUAUUUCCCCCAGAGCUCAGAUGAAACUGACUCCCUGCUACCUAUGCUGAAAAACUGCUCGGCUGGAACAAGUCCUAGCAGUCCUGAGAGUUUCAGCAUCCCAUCUCUGGAGGAUUUAGACAAAAUUACAAUCGAACCACGUCUAGAUCUGAUAGACGAAUUACCUCAACUAUCUUUGUUGGAAAACGAGGACACACUAGUUAUUCCAUCCAACGUAUUUGACUUUAUAAGUGACAAUUUUAACUCCACCGAUUUUCAGCAAUUGCAGUUUUAGAUCGACAUCCAAUUCACGCGCACAUAAGCACUGUUGAUAUUCUUUAACAGUGAUAAUUCCAAGAACUAUAUUACUAAAUGGAAAGUCAUGGCAUUUGUUACAUGCCUACAGAUCCUAGAAUUUAAGGAUCUCCUGCUCAUGUGUUCAUUCUGCUAUGAAUCAAAUGAAA